AUGAGGAGUGCAUCUACAAGACUCAUGGGAGUAAUCAAAUGUUCCAUUAAUUCAAAUGUUUCACACAACACAGGACUUAGGUGUUGUCUUGCAACAUCCACUGAGGGAUGUAAACCACCACCCACAAACCCCCCUGACCAAGCCGCCGCUAAGCCUCCUGAUCAGGCAGCCGCCAACAACCCACCUAAACAGCCCGUCCAAAAGCCCCCUGAAGCAGGAAAGCAAGAAAGUGCUGCCGGUGCUCCGACACCAGUAUCGGGAGAUCCCGGAAGAAUAGUCUCCGUAAUUGGUGCUGUAGUGGAUGUGCAGUUCAUUGAAGGCAACCUACCACCCAUCCUUAACGCUUUAGAAGUUCAUAACCGAAAGCCGCGAUUGGUUCUAGAAGUCGCACAGCAUCUAGGGGAAAACACUGUUCGAACAAUUGCCAUGGACGGCACGGAAGGGCUAACGCGAGGUCAGCAAGUAAUAGACACCGGAUACCCCAUUAGAAUACCCGUUGGUAAGGAAACCCUUGGGAGAAUUAUGAAUGUAAUCGGAGAGCCCAUAGAUGAAAAAGGUCCUAUCCCAUCACAGAAAUAUGCCGCAAUACACGCGGAAGCUCCAGAAUUUAUGCAAAUGAACGUUUCCCAAGAAAUCCUGGUUACUGGGAUUAAAGUCGUCGAUCUCCUGGCGCCGUACGCUAAGGGAGGGAAGAUUGGAUUAUUCGGUGGCGCUGGUGUUGGGAAGACGGUUCUUAUCAUGGAACUCAUCAACAACGUCGCUAAAGCUCACGGUGGUUACUCGGUGUUUGCUGGCGUGGGGGAGCGCACCCGCGAGGGAAACGACCUGUACCACGAAAUGAUCGAGUCCGGCGUCAUCUCCCUCAAAGACCAGAGCUCCAAGGUUGCGCUAGUGUACGGGCAGAUGAACGAACCUCCAGGAGCGCGCGCGCGGGUGGCGCUGACCGGCCUCACAGUGGCCGAGUACUUCCGCGACAUGGAGGGUCAGGACGUCCUCUUGUUCAUCGAUAACAUCUUCAGGUUCACUCAGGCCGGAUCGGAGGUGUCCGCGUUGCUGGGCCGCAUUCCUUCCGCGGUGGGAUACCAGCCGACGCUGGCCACCGACAUGGGAAGCAUGCAGGAACGAAUCACCACCACGACCAAGGGAUCCAUCACGUCGGUGCAGGCAAUUUACGUGCCAGCCGACGACUUGACAGACCCGGCCCCUGCAACCACGUUCGCUCACCUAGACGCCACUACCGUGCUGUCAAGAGCAAUCGCUGAACUUGGAAUUUACCCAGCUGUAGAUCCUUUAGAUUCCACGUCGCGUAUUAUGGAUCCCAAUAUCAUAGGAGAAGAGCAUUAUCUCAUAGCCAGAAACGUGCAAAAAAUUCUGCAAGAUUACAAGUCUCUGCAAGAUAUCAUCGCCAUUUUGGGCAUGGAUGAACUCUCCGAAGAAGAUAAACUCACUGUUGCACGUGCGCGCAAAAUACAAAGGUUUUUGUCCCAACCUUUCCAGGUAGCCGAAGUGUUUACCGGUCACCCAGGAAAGCUUGUCAAACUACAAGACACAAUUAAGGGAUUUCAGGAAAUUCUUAAAGGUGGGUAUGAUCACUUGCCUGAAGUAGCAUUUUAUAUGGUGGGAGCUGUUGAUGAAGUGGUUCAAAAAGCUAAGAAACUGGCAGCUGAGGCUAAAGCAGAAUAA